CUAAUGACGUCACGUCUAUAAAAUCCUUUUUCGAGCACGGGGUUUCCGCCAUUUUAACUUCUUGCUUUCAAAGGAGAGGAGGCGUCUAUAGAAGAGUGCGCGAAUCGCUUUACUUCAUAGCUUAUCGAAAGGGGGUUGUUUUUUUUCUCCCCCUUUUCUUUUCCAAACGGGGCACAAACAAACGACACCGAGUGGUUUCCGCCCGUUUUCGUUGCGUAGCUUCAGCCGGAGAGUCGCAAUGCCGAGCCACCCGCUGCGAGUAGCGGUUGUGUGCUCGAGCAACCAGAACCGCAGUAUGGAAGCGCACAAUAUCCUCAGUAAACGAGGAUUCGACGUGCGCUCAUUCGGGACUGGUUCUCACGUGAAGUUACCCGGUCCUGCCCCGGACAAGCCCAACGUGUACGACUUCAAAACAACAUAUGAACAGAUGUACAACGACUUGGUCCGCAAGGACAAGGAACUAUAUACACAGAACGGAAUCCUCCACAUGCUGGAUCGGAACAAGCGAAUCAAGUCCAAGCCGGAACGAUUUCAGAGCUGCAGGGACAAGUUUGACCUGGUGAUCACCUGCGAGGAGCGCGUGUACGACCAAGUGCUGGAGGAUCUGAGCUCACGGGAGCAGGAGACGAUGCAGCCCGUGCACGUCAUCAAUGUAGACAUUCAGGACAACCACGAGGAAGCGACGCUGGGCGCCUUCCUCAUCUGCGAGCUGUGUCAAUGUUUCAGGGUGUGCCCCGCCUCCUGCCCGUUGACAGCUGGGAUAGGCUCCGGUGCUCCCCGUGACCCUCGUGAGGAUAAGCGAUCCAGCACACGGACGACAUGGAGAACGAGAUCGACGAGCUCCUGCAGGAGUUCGAGGACAAGAGCAGCAGGGCCUUCCUCCACACGGUCUGCUUCUACUGACGCGGCAACCAACGGCGAAAUAAUGUGACAGUUACGUUUACGGGCUUUGCGCUGAGCCUAACGGGGGGGGGGGAGAAAAAAAAAAACAAUCUCAGCGAUCGUGUGAUCGCCCCCCCACCCACCCCCCUUCCGCGAGGAUGCGUAGACUCGCCGCUGUUCUUCUUGCCUUUAUUCCUCCCGAUCGAGGUCAAGCCAAGGUCAGCCACGCCUCCUCAGGGAGCGCCCAGUCCCGCCCCCGUUUUGACUCUUCAUAAAGAUGAUUGUCCCGCGAUCCCGGUCAUUUAUUAUUCAGUAAUUCACACAAUCUCAACGUGGAGAUUUGCAUUCUUCUUGUCGCUUUUGUUUCAUCGAGCCAGGAGGAAGAACGAACUGGAAAAAAAGAGCUUUUUGUUUUUACGUUUUAAGUUAAGUUCAAAGGUUGCGCUAGCGAAUAACCAAACGUUGACCUCUUUGAUGAAAUGUGUUGACCCAAUACUCGAAGUCGGACGUGUCGUCUUUCGGGGUGUACUUUAUUUUGGGUGGGGGUGGGGUCGGGGGUUCAAAAAAAAUUAUGCAUUGUCAGCUCUGAGUGCCUGAUUUGUACAUAGGAAUAUACUAAAAGAAUCUCUAAGAACCAUUUGUGGCAUUUUUUUUUUCUUUUUGUGUAUACAAAUUAAAUUAUGAAGAUCACAAAGUGUAUUUUGCGAACUGCGAGCCUGAGCUGACGGUAACGGCAGUUUGCAGCAUCUUGUCUGGCUUCGCCUCCUGAAAUUGUUUCAGCAGGGCCUCACAACUGUUAAAAAAUGUUAACCGCUGCUAUAUCAU